CUCAGUUAAAGCGACCUCACCAAGGCGCACACGCAUCCGGGGGCCACUUCACCUCUGUGAUGACCUAACUGAGAGAGCGGCAGAUCGGACUGUCAGAGCCGCAGAGAGCCGCUGCUGAGCUCACACACAGGAAGGACUGAAACUACAGGUAGACACACUUUGAAGUUUCUCCGGUGAACUCCGGCGCGUGCUGCUCCUCUCCUGCGUGGGUUGGACCAGAAGGAGCGACCUGUUGGUCCCGUGGAGCUCUGAAGGGCCCUCGGUUGUUGCGUUGCGUGUCCGACAUACAAGUCCCCGACAGGACUUAAAAGCCUGCUGUCAGGAUGAUGUCCUACAUAAAGCAACCCCAUUACACCAUGAACGGGUUAAAUUUGCCUGGCCCCGGAAUGGAUGUGCUGCACACAACCAUCGCGUAUCCCUCCACUCCCCGGAAGCAGCGCAGAGAGCGCACCACCUUCACCCGCACACAGCUGGACAUCCUGGAGGCGCUGUUCUCCAAAACCCGCUACCCAGACAUCUUCAUGAGGGAGGAGGUGGCCCUCAAGAUCAACCUGCCGGAGUCACGUGUGCAGGUUUGGUUUAAAAACCGUCGUGCCAAGUGCCGUCAGCAGCAGCAGCAGAGCACUGGCCAGUCCAAGCCUCGCCCCCCAAAGAAGAAGGCCUCCCCCGUACAGGAAGUCAGUGCCCCUGACCCCAUCCCUAACCCCUCCGGCUCUUACAGUCCCUCCUCCGCCCAGUCAGGGCCCAGCCUGGUCCCGAGCUCCAACAAUGGAAACACUUCCGUGUCCAUCUGGAGCCCGGCUAUCUCACCCCUGCCCGACCCCCUGGCCUCCUCAGCCCCCUGCAUGCAGCGGCCCUCACCUUACCCUAUGAGCUACGGCCAGCCGUCGGCCUACACCCAGGGCUACGCCAGUACCACCUCCUACUUCACCGGCCUGGACUGCAGCGCUUACCUGUCCCCCAUGCACUCGCAGCUGUCCGGCACCGUGGGAGCCCUCAGCCCCAUCACAGUGCCCUCCAUGGGGGGCUCCCUAAGCCAGUCCCCGGCCUCGCUGUCAUCACAGGGCUACAGCACGGCCUCCUCCCUGGGCUUCACCUCUGUGGACUGCCUGGACUACAAGGACCAGCAGGCCUGGAAACUGGGCUUCACCACAAUGGACUGCCUGGACCACAAGGACCAGAACUCCUGGAAGUUCCAGGUCCUGUAAUCUCUCAAUUAUGUGGCGUGAUAAAGGUGGCGUUCAUGUGUAUCAACACGCUGUGUGUGUCAGCGUGUGAGAUAGUGAGAAGAGGUUUGCCCGAGGACUUGUUAUCUUUGAUCUUCAGUUUCCUGUUUGUAAUAAUCUGUUUUAUUUUCUAAAGGUGUCCUCUGUAGAAAUGCUUUUUAUUUGAAUGACUUUGGAGAUGAAGGGCCCGGUGUGUAUCAUCACGCUGCCUCUUUGCAAAUCAUGUCUGUUCCCUUCUUCAUGCUACGUUAAAAAAGGGAACAGAAGCCUCAAGAGUUUGUUAAAAAAAGUUGUGGAGACAAAUGAAAACACAUUGAGCCAAGUCUUCUGUUAAAAUGACGUGUGACACAUACACACUGUGCGUUUCAUUUUGUUUUUAAUGUGCAUUGUCAUAGAGUGAAGGGAGAGCUGCUCCUAUAGGUCACCUCCUCCUUCAGGGUUAAAUCAUUUUAAGAUAUUUAUUAUUAUUUAAUGCUACGUUCAAAUAUGUCAUUUGGUUUAGAUAUUGUUGAGCAUUUAUUUGUGUUGCGUAUUACAGUGUUAGCCUUUAGUGUUAUCAUCCCAAAAUGUUUGAUGGAAAAAAAAUGAUUUUCUGUUUAAGUUGUGUCAUUUAUUAAAAGGAUCUAUACUUCA